GCUACCCGCAGCCCCCGGAGCUCGGCUAACUCGGCGCCCAGUGCACUGCCGCACCAUGGGGUCCCGCCACUUCGAGGGGAUUUAUGACCACGUGGGGCACUUCGGCAGAUUCCAGAGAGUCCUCUAUUUCAUAUGUGCCUUCCAGAACAUCUCUUGUGGUAUUCACUACUUGGCUUCUGUGUUCAUGGGAGUCACCCCUCGUCAUGUCUGCAGGCCCCCAGGCAGUGUGAGUCAGGUUGUUUUCCACAAUCACUCUAAUUGGAGUUUGGAGGACACUGGGGCCCUGUUGUCUUCAGGCCGGAAAGAUUAUGUUAUGGUGCAGUUACAGAAUGGUGAGAUCUGGGAGCUCUCAAGGUGUAGCAGGAACAAGAGGGAGAACACAUCGGGUUUGGACUAUGAAUACACUGGCAGUAAGAAAGAGUUUCCUUGUGUGGAUGGCUACAUAUAUGACCAGAACACAUGGAAAAGCACUGCGGUGACCCAGUGGAACCUGGUCUGUGACCGAAAAUGGCUUGCAAUGCUGAUCCAGCCCCUAUUUAUGUUUGGAGUCCUACUGGGAUCGGUGACUUUUGGCUACUUUUCUGACAGGCUAGGACGCCGGGUGGUCUUGUGGGCCACAAGCAGUGGCAUGUUUUUGUUUGGAAUAGCAGCGGCGUUUGCAGUUGAUUAUUACACCUUCAUGGCUGCACGCUUUUUUCUUGCCAUGGUUGCAAGUGGCUAUCUCGUGGUGGGGUUUGUCUAUGUGAUGGAAUUCAUUGGCAUGAAGUCUCGGACAUGGGCGUCUGUCCAUUUGCAUUCCUUUUUUGCAGCUGGAACCCUGCUGGUGGCUUUGACAGGAUACUUGGUCAGGACCUGGUGGCUUUACCAGAUGAUCCUCUCCACAGUGACUAUCCCCUUUAUCCUGUGCUGUUGGGUGCUCCCAGAGACACCUUUUUGGCUUCUCUCAGAGGGACGAUAUGAAGAAGCACAAAAAAUAGUUGACAUCAUGGCCAAGUGGAACAGGGCAAGCUCCUGUAAACUGUCAGAACUUUUAUCACUGGAUCUACAAGGUCCUGUUAGUAAUAGCCCCACUGAAGUUCAGAAGCACAACCUAUCAUAUCUGUUUUAUAACUGGAGCAUUGCGACAAGGACGCUUACCGUUUGGCUAAUCUGGUUCACGGGAAGUUUGGGAUUCUACUCCUUUUCCUUGAAUUCUGUUAAUUUAGGAGGCAAUGAAUACUUAAACCUCUUCCUACUGGGUGUAGUGGAAAUUCCCGCCUACACCUUCGUGUGCAUCGCCAUGGACAAGGUCGGGAGGAGAACGGUCCUGGCCUACUCUCUUUUCUGCAGUGCACUGGCCUGUGGUGUUGUUAUGGUGAUCCCUCAGAAACAUUAUAUUUUGGUUGUGGUGACAGCUAUGGUUGGAAAAUUUGCCAUCGGGGCAGCAUUUGGCCUCAUUUAUCUUUAUACAGCUGAGCUGUAUCCAACCAUUGUAAGGUCGCUGGCUGUGGGAAGCGGCAGCAUGGUGUGUCGCCUGGCCAGCAUCCUGGCACCGUUCUCUGUGGACCUCAGCAGCGUUUGGAUCUUCAUACCACAGUUGUUUGUUGGGACUAUGGCCCUCCUGAGUGGAGUGUUAACACUAAAGCUUCCAGAAACCCUUGGGAAACGGCUAGCAACUACUUGGGAGGAGGCUGCAAAACUGGAGUCAGAGAAUGAAAGCAAUUCAAGCAAAUUACUUCCCACAACUAAUAAUAGUGGGCUGGAAAAAACAGAAGCGACUACCCGCAGGGAUUCUGGUCUUGAUGAAUAAAUGUGCCAUGCGUGCUGUCUAGCACCUGAAAUAUUAUUUACCCUAAUGCCUUUGUAUUAGAGGAAUCUUAUUCUCAUCUCCCAUAUGUUGUUUGUAUGCCUUUUUAAUAAAUUUUGUAAGAAAAUUUUAAAGCAAAUGUGUUAUAAAAGAAAUAAAAACUAAGAUGAAAAUUCUCAGUUUUAAAAA